AUGGAUUCACUUGACCUGAAAGCACCGUUGGCUGAGUUUAUGGCUAUGUUUUAUAAGGAGUUCUCCGCUAAACCGGUUGUACUGACGCCAGGAAUUGAUCGAUUGAUAAGGCAUUUAUAUCAACACAAUAUACCGAUGGCUAUCGCAACCAAUGGGUCCACAAAAAUACUUUAUUCGAGUUGCGGUCAUUUAAUGCCAUUCAUUGAUAAAUAUAUGACACACUAUGUAUGCGGUGAAGACGAUCCCGAUGUUAGGCAUAACAAACCGGCGCCCGAUAUAUAUCAUGUGUGCGCCAAACGGUUUGCAUCGCCGCCGGAAUCGCCGCACAAUUGUGUGGUAUUUGAGGACUCGUUGACUGGUAUUACCGGUGCUGUGGCUUCGGGUAUG